AUGGGGAACGAGGAUGGCGAGGGGAUGGCCAGUACGGACGCGGCUGCCUCUUGGCAGCAGUGUUACACCUGGUGCACGCCGUACUCGCAUCCUCACCCUCACCACCAUCCGCAUCAUCCUCGUCAGUAUCAGGGUAGCCAGUAUCAGCAGCUACCAGGAAGCGCCUCCGCCGCGACAAAUGCUUCUACCCAUUAUUCGACGAAUGCUUCCCAGCAGCAUCAUCUGCAGCUGCAAAGUGCCCAGCCACCGCCUUUGGACCAACAGCAGAACUUUCAUCCUAUUAGAGGACAAGGCGGACUCAGGAGAAUCGUUCCUUAUGAUGGAUCAGGUAUCCAAUUCGCGUGCAAUGCGUCAAUUUUUACAAUAUCGAUUCAUUUCACAAUGAAAAAACGAGACAAUUUCGUGCGGAUUAAUGCGUGA